UGGGCCGGGCCCCCCGCGCGGGCCGCCAUCGCCCCCAGCCCCGAGCAGCGGCUGCAGCGCUCCGCGGAGCCCGGCCGCCGGCGUGCGUGAGGCCGGGGCGGGCCGGGGCAUGGCGCGGCGGGCGGGCAGCACGGCGGCGGACGAGCUGGCCAACGCCGCCGCCCGCGGCGACCUGCAGCGCCUGAGGGAGCUGCUGGACGGCGGGGCGGACCCCAACGCCGUCAACUCCUACGGCCGGACCCCCAUCCAGGUGAUGAUGCUGGGCAGCCCGCGGGUGGCCGAGCUGCUGCUGCAGCGCGGAGGCGACCCCAACCGCCCCGACCCGCGCACCGGCUGCCUCCCGGCCCACGACGCGGCCCGCGCCGGCUUCCUGGAGACGCUGGCGGCCCUGCACCGCGCCGGGGCCCGCCUCGACCUGCCCGACGGCCGCGGCCGCCUCCCCCUCGACGUGGCGGCGGGGGGCCCGCACGGACCGGUGGCCCGGUACCUGCGACAUCCGCCGCCCCGCGCCUAGCCUCCUCCGGGGCCGCCCCCCUCCCCUAAUUUAUUGCCUCGUUAGACGCGAAGUCGAGCAGCACUCACGUGUUGUGAAUAGUCCCCGGGGUCGCCUCUCCCUGCUCGGAUGCAUGAAGGACCGGUGGGGUACGCAUGGUUUUGUACGCUGUAUUUUGCACGUUUCUGUAUGUUAUCCUGCACUUGAAAUUGCACGCCCCUCCACGUUCUGUCCCCCUUCCACCCCCCCCGUUUUGUUUUUUUUUUUCCA